AGGACAUAUAAAUAUGUAUUUCCAACGGCACCCAGCCCGAACCACUUGGAAUUGCAGACCCCUGGGACGAGAGACGUAUGGUCUGGAAGAGCAGCCAACGUACACUUCCACGUCUUCCUUAGGAUCCCUCUUUAUUAUCCAAGACUUGUCCACUAUUCUUCUAGCCCCAGGUUCAAAUUGAAUCUCACACGUCGUGGAAUAAAGAGGGAUCAGAAACUAUACUUACGCUGCUCGACCCCAGGCAUCAUGGAGUAUUCUGAUGAAGAACCGUCUACGUCCGACUCACCGACGAAAAGUACCGAAUAUGUCGACGGUAUAUCGGACGAGAAGAAGCCCUAUCCCGGCCCCUACGUUCCGGAAGCUGCGAGUGCAGAGACUAUUACUUCGCCGUAUAACACCGACAUCGCCCCAACCCCCGGCCGCGGUUCAGGAUGGGGCAUGGCAGAGGAGGUCGUUCGCAACAAGGAACGGGAUGAAGCCGCUGGCUUCAAGCCACGCAAGUUGGGUGUGACCUGGCAGAACCUAACCGUCGAGGUCCCCACGGCGGAGGCCUCUGUUAAUGAAAAUGUCAUAUCGCAAUUCAAUCUGCCGCAGAUGGCCCAGAAGUACCUCCGCAAACCACCUCUCAGACCUAUUCUCCAGGACAGUCACGGAUGUGUCAAGCCCGGUGAAAUGCUGCUGGUCCUAGGUCGCCCGGGAUCUGGCUGCACCACGCUGCUGAAGCUACUCGCCAACAUGCGCAAGGGAUACCAUACCAUCACGGGAGAUAUGCGAUUCGGAAGCAUGACCCCGGACGAGGCGGCCAAGUAUCGUGGUCAGAUUAUCAUGAACACGGAGGAAGAGCUCUUUUACCCCCGCCUAACUGUCGGCCAGACUAUGGAUUUUGCAGCAAAGCUCAAGGUUCCCUUCCACCUUCCAGACGGGGCCAAAUCCGCCGCCGAACAUACGGCGGAGACCACGAAAUUCCUUCUGGAAGCAAUGAAGAUUUCACAUACGGCCGAUACUAAAGUAGGCAAUGAAUUUGUCCGUGGUGUGUCCGGUGGAGAAAGAAAGCGUGUCUCCAUCAUCGAGUGCAUGGCCACACGGGGUUCGAUCUACUGCUGGGAUAACAGUACUCGUGGUUUGGAUGCGAGUACUGCACUGGAAUGGGCCAAGUCACUUCGCGCGAUGACCGACAUCCUGGGCCUGUCCACGAUCGUGACCCUUUAUCAGGCAGGCAACGGGAUCUAUAAUCUGUUUGACAAAGUCCUGGUGCUGGAUGAAGGAAAGCAGAUCUUCUAUGGUCCUGCCGCCAGUGCCAAAGGGUUUAUGGAAGAUCUUGGAUUUGUCUAUACAGAUGGCGCAAACGUCGGAGAUUAUUUGACGGGUGUGACUGUCCCUACCGAACGCAAAAUCAAGCCCGGCUAUGAAAAUCGCUUUCCCCGGAAUGCCGAUGCGAUUCUAGCGGAAUACAAGAACUCGCAGAUCUACCAACAUAUGACAACCGCCUAUGACUAUCCCAGCAGCAGCAUUGCCCAACAGAACACGGCCGACUUCAAAGAAUCCGUUAGCUGGGAAAAGUCCAAUCAUUUGCCCAAUAGUAGCCCUCUGACAAUCAGUUUCUUCAGCCAAGUCACUGCCUGUACCAUUCGCCAAUACCAAAUCCUAUGGGGGGAUAAGUCGACUUUCCUGGCCAAACAAAUCCUUUCUGUCAUUAUGGCACUCAUUGCAGGUUCUUGCUUCUACGACUCCCCGCCAAACUCCCUGGGUCUCUUUACUAGGGGCGGAGCGGUUUUCUUUUCUCUUCUUUAUAAUUGUAUUGUUGCUAUGUCCGAGGUCACCGAGUCAUUCAAAGGUCGUCCAGUCCUACUCAAGCACAAGGCGUUUGCCAUGUAUCACCCAUCGGCAUUCUGCAUUGCUCAGAUUGCAGCGGAUUUCCCCGUGUUAUUGUUCCAAUGCAGUCUAUUUUCGGUGGUGAUAUAUUGGAUGAGUGGGCUGAGGCAUACCGCAGCUGCCUUUUGGACAUUUUGGCUCAUUCUGUUCACCAUCACCCUGUGUCUCACCGCGCUCUUUCGCUGCAUCGGAGCCGGAUUCAGCACCUUCGAAGCCGCGUCCAAAAUCUCCGGUACAGCUGUCAAGGCUAUUGUCAUGUAUGCGGGUUAUAUGAUCCCCAAGCCCAAGGUUAAGAACUGGUUCCUCGAAUUGUAUUACACCAAUCCAUUUGCCUAUGCCUUCCAGGCCGCCCUUGCCAAUGAAUUCCACGACGAAAUCAUUCCAUGUGAAGGUGAUAACCUAGUGCCGAGUGGUCCUGGUUAUGAGGAUGUGCCAUCGGGGCAUAAAGCCUGUACCGGUGUGGGUGGUGCUCUUCCUGGCGCAGACUAUGUGACUGGUGAUCAAUAUCUCUCGUCGCUCCACUACAAGCACACGCAAUUGUGGCGGAAUUAUGGUAUUAUUUGGGGCUGGUGGGCAUUCUUCGUCGGGCUCACGAUCAUUUGCACUUCCUUCUGGAAAGAUGGAUCCGGGGCCGCCUCUCUGCUGAUUCCCCGUGAGAAAUUCAAGAAGCGUCGGCCACAGGCCGAUGAAGAGUCCCGGAAGGAAAAAACCCGUGUGGCUGAAACCGGCAAUGGAGCCGUCGAACCUGAUUUGACCCGAAACACCUCCAUUUUCACCUGGAAAAACCUGACAUAUACAGUCAAAACCCCCAGUGGGGAUCGUGUCCUGUUGGAUAACAUUCACGGAUGGGUGCGACCAGGUAUGCUGGGCGCGCUCAUGGGCUCCUCCGGUGCUGGAAAAACAACCCUGCUUGAUGUUCUCGCCCAGCGUAAGACAGAUGGCACUAUUAAAGGAUCAAUCCUCGUCGACGGCCGUCCCCUACCAGUAUCUUUCCAAAGAAUGGCAGGAUACUGUGAACAAUUGGAUGUGCACGAGCCUUAUGCCACUGUCCGGGAAGCAUUGGAAUUCUCUGCCCUUCUGCGCCAGUCCCGAGAUGUACCCAAGGAAGAGAAACUCAAGUAUGUCGAGACUAUUAUUGAACUUCUAGAGCUGCAUGAUCUGGCAGAUACCCUGAUUGGUUCUGUUGGCAAUGGUCUCAGUGUUGAGCAAAGAAAACGUGUUACUAUUGGAGUAGAGCUAGUCUCUAAACCCAGCAUUCUUAUUUUCCUUGACGAGCCAACCUCUGGUUUGGAUGGCCAGUCUGCCUAUAAUACCGUCCGAUUCCUACGCAAGCUCGCUGAUCUGGGUCAAGCGGUCCUGGUUACUAUCCAUCAACCCUCCGCCCAACUAUUCGCCCAAUUUGACACGCUAUUGCUCCUGGCUCGCGGAGGCAAAACAGUUUAUUUUGGUGAUAUUGGAGACAAUGCCGCGACUAUUAAACAAUAUUUCGGGGGCUAUGGGGCUCAAUGCCCUAACGAUGCGAACCCGGCUGAUUUCAUGAUUGAUGUGGUCACCGGCAAUGUGGCAACUGUCAAGGACAAGGACUGGCACCAGAUUUGGCUCGACUCGCCUGAACAUGAACACAUGAUGGCAGAACUGGAUGGGAUGAUCUCGGAGGCUGCUGCUAAGCCUCCAGGAACCCAUGACGACGGCUAUGAGUUCUCCAUGCCGAUGUGGGAGCAGGUGAAGAUUGUUACUCAGCGUAUGAAUGUUUCGUUGUUCCGAAACACAAACUAUAUCAACAACAAAGCAUCCUUACACGUUAUCAGUGCCUUGCUCAAUGGCUUUUCAUUCUGGAGAGUUGGUCCCAGUGUGACUGCAUUACACCUCAAAAUGUUCACGGUUUUCCACUUUGUCUUCGUCGCCCCUGGUUGUAUCAACCAGCUCCAGCCUCUUUUCAUCCAGCGCCGUGAUAUUUACGAUGCUAGGGAGAAGAAGUCUAAGAUGUACUCGUGGGUUGCAUUCACCACUGGCUUGAUCGUUUCCGAGUUCCCCUACCUCAUUGUCUGCGCUGUACUCUACUUCCUUUGCUGGUACUACUGUGUCCGUCUCUUCCCUCAUGAUUCCAACCGAUCUGGUUCAAUCUUCUGGCUUAUGAUGUGGUUUGAGUUUGUUUAUACUGGCAUUGGACAGUUUAUCGCUGCGUAUGCGCCCAACCCUGUGUUUGCAGCACUGGUCAACCCACUCGUUGUCAGUAUACUGCUCUUGUUUUGUGGUGUCUUCGUGCCCUACACCCAGCUCAAUGUUUUCUGGAAAUACUGGCUUUACUACCUCAACCCAUUCAAUUAUGUGGUCUCGGGCAUGUUAACCUUUGGCAUCUGGGGUGCCGACGUGACCUGCAAUGAAGACGAAUAUGCAGUGUUCGAUCCCCUCAACGGGACCUGUCAAGACUAUCUUUCCCAGUAUAUGAAUGGCAGGGGAUGGCGCGUUAAUCUGAUCAACCCCGAUGCUACUUCCAACUGCCGCGUGUGCGAGUUCAAAAGCGGAAGCGAAUUCUUAUCAACGCUCGACAUUAACCACUACUAUUACGGGUGGAGAAACGGCGGUAUUGUUGUGAUUUUCGCCAUCAGUGGAUAUGCGCUGGUCUUUAUCCUGAUGAAACUGAGAACGAAGGCUUCCAAGAAAGCUGAAUAAGUCCAGUUCACACACACACACACACUCUCUCUCUCUCUCUGUCUUGCUUCUCGACUACUUCCUCCAAGCAACAGAUAUCAUUUCUCGUCACCGCAUGAUUGGGAAUGCCCUGACCCUACCUCAUUAUUCUCUCUUAUUUCCUCUCGUUCCCUAAGUCUCUGUUGUUUCGCCGUGCUUUCUCUCAAAUUGUGUCACCUUCCUUUACUUUCCUUGAUUUCCUCCCACAUAUUCUCAUACUAUAUCAUCUCUUGAUUUGUUGCUUUAGCUUAUAGACCUUAUACAUAGAUAGACUGCCUGUUAUUUACCUUACUGUUCUCUUACUCGCUUUCUUCUUAUCUCCUUCACCGCAGCCGGUGGAGGUAACAAUUUUAAUCAUUGCAUG